AAACAACAUCAACAACAAAGGAGUGAGGGAAAGAAAAAACAAUGGAUAACGGCAAACAAACACACACGCACAAACGCCACUGCCACUGCCAACGCCCCCCCCCCCCGUCGCAGUAACACCGGCUCCAGUGGAAGCCAAUUCUCGCAGGGGACGCGUUUGCCAACGACGCCUCUGGUGGCGCCGUCCACGUUCCUUCAUGCUUUCCCCCUCCCAAUCUCCCUCAUCGUGCCGCGUCGCCUUCGGUGCCCAACAGCCGCGCCAAGCCUUUUGGCCCUCGCUCCCUCCCUUCCCCACGCACUACUGUACGAGAGUGAUGGUCUUGAUUUGCGCGCCACGGAUAAAGCGAAUGGGCGCCACCAGCGACGACGACGACGACGCAGGCCCCUGCACGGCUUUGCCGCCUGCGCCCACGACGCCCCAGUCCCGCAGCAUCACAUUGCAAUGGUCGUCCACCGCCAAUAG